CUAAAAUCAGCAAGUAAAAUGUCUGUCGCAAUGGUCGAACCUGGCGUCUUUCCUUUUUUGUGAAAUUGAGAUGGCAUCUCAUCAACAAAACAGACGAAUGCCAGAAAGUGCAAAAGUGUUGAAAUUUUAGCUAUAAUUUCGUGUGAUAUGAUGAAAAACAACUUAACUAGAACCAGAGCGAACGAUCUUUGGCAAAAGCAUGGUGAAACAACAGUUUGAGAAGUUCUAUCGAAGCAUAUAACCUCGGAAACACUAUGUAGCGUGUGGCAGCAUCUAUCCAUGGUAGCAGACGCACUGGUUGUUUUUGAUGCCCUGAUUGAAAAGAAAUUGUUUUAUUGAGGACUAGCUGUAAGCUUUCUAUUGUGCGUGAGGAAGAAAACGGCAAUGAUAGGGACUGUGUAUAUUCGAGCAAAUAUUUGUCCAUCUAAAGCUGGCGGCGUGCAAAACCGUAUCUAGAAAGCUGGAACAUUCUACCCAUUCACCUCAGUUCACUCGUCCGGAGAAUAGAAGCAUUCAAUCUGCACACAAAGUUCCGUGAACGGCGGGACGACGGAUGACAACCGUGACCUAAAGGACAACGCGGAAACAACCGGGAACAAGGCGAAUCGGUGAAGCAAAUGCAGCAAGCGUACUUAAAUCACGAAAAGCGAAGAAGAAUGAUGACGACACACGAUUGAUGAUUCGCAGCAAUAUGUAAUUGUUGCUCGGUUGUAAGCAAUGCACACGCGAGAUAUCACAUACAACACAGUGUUUAAAUUAGCAUGUUGAUGCAGACGGUUUCUGUGGAGGAAGUGCCGUACAUAUCCGUGUUGUGUGAAGCGAAUGAAAUUCGCGAAACGAUUGUGUUGCAAAACAUAGGUCCGGAAAGUGUCGGAAACAGAGCGACCAAGGGGUGGCACAGUUUGGCGUGAAAUUUCGUGCGUGUGCGAGGGUGUAUGCGCAUAUAGAUGUAUGUGUGAGUGAGGAAUUUAAUAAUCCACUUGAGUCACUUUCGUCCCCCACCCGGUUAACUUUCACGCGUGUAUUUAUUGGUGUUAGUAAUAAUUUAAAAAAAUUCUGGCACGGUUGGGUUACAACUCGCGUGGUCAACAAUUGCCAGUGUGGUGAUUUGACCCAGCGCACCGCCAGUAAAUGUUUUUAUAUUUCACGUAACACAACGGGUGACGGGCUGUGCGAGGUCAUGCAGUCGCCAAUCGCACGAUUGUAAACGUGCCUGCCGUAUGUUUUGUGCGCCAUCCUUCUUGUAGAAGGGACUGACCGGAAAGCCAACACAUCGUACUCUUGAAAAAACGUCUCACAGAGUGAGCAUAGCGGGCGGAAAUCGAGCAUUGCUGUGUGUGCGUAAGUGCGUGUGUUCGAGGUAUAUUGUCGUUGCAAGAAGCAAAGGAAAUGGAGAAACAUAAUACGUUGGACGUCGCGUCGUCGGCCCGGGCCACCUCGGGCGGUGGUGCGAGUAGCAAACUGAAACGAGCAUUUUCAAUGCCGCGCAAUCCAUUUCAAGGUUCGCGAGGAAGUAACCAGACAGCUAAGGUGGUUGGCAAUGGCAACGGUACUACUGCUGUCGAGAAAGAUGACGAAUCGCGCUGUGAUUCGAGGUUAACCAACAGCAAUCAGAAGAAAUCGACCACAACUGCGACCGAAUUAGGUGCAGAGACUGGCACCAAUGGUAGCGGAAGUGAGAAAAAGAUCUUUCGCCGAUUAUCAGUGAAAAAGUUUAUCAAUCGCAUUGCUCAACAGAUGACUUAUGUCAAUCGCACGGUGGGCAAUCAUAAAUUCGACAAGGUACAAUCGUCCCAACCGUCCACCUUCAAUGGAUCGACACGGACCGGCAAUGGUGUGACGCCAGCUGGUGGUAAUGGAUCCGCAGCGAAUUUUGUGUGGCCAUCAGAUACCGUGCCAGGCGUGAUAGGUUUACGAAACCACGGCAAUACUUGCUUCAUGAAUGCCGUCUUGCAAUGUCUCAGUCAUACGGACAUAUUGGCUCAGUAUUUCGUUUUGGAUCUUUACAAAGCCGAUUUAAAACGACGCAACAAAAUUAAUGCCAAAAAGUUCGGAACUAAGGGCGAAUUAACGGAGCAACUGGCCCUGGUGCUAAAGUCGUUGUGGACGUGCAAAGACGCACCGGACUAUAGUUCGAAUUUCAAGGCUGUGGUUGAUCGUUACGGUAGUCAAUUCAGAAGUUCUACACAGCAUGACGCUCAGGAGUUCUUAUUCUGGCUGCUGGACAAGGUGCACGAAGAUUUGAAUACGGCGACAAAGCGAAAGUACAAAGCAAUUAAAAACAAUGGUCGUUCCGAUGAAGUGAUCGCGGCUGAAACGCUGGCAAACUAUGUGCGUUGUAACAACUCGUUUGUACAGGCCGUUUUCCAGGCCCAAUUUCGCUCUUCGCUAUCCUGUCCGACCUGCGGCAAGCAGAGUAACACGUUUGAUCCUUUCUACUGUCUAUCAGUGCCACUGCCACAGCUGUCUCAACAACCUGUGCUGGUUAAGGUGAUCUAUUCCUCGCAGCAACCAAAACAAGUUAAGUUGGGUUUAGGCAUACCGCACGGUUCGCCAGUGCUGGCAUUACGUGAACAGUUGCAUGCGGACACGGGUAUUGCCCUAGAUCGGAUGAUAUUGACCGAAAUCUGUGAGUCGGGUUUCAGUCGCGUGUUUUGCGAUUCCCAUUUGAUGUCGUCCGUACGUGAAAAUGAUCCUCUGUUCUGUAUCGAAUGUCCGACUGCCGGUACAGGACAGGAAACUACCAGCGGAACAAAUAUUGUGCUCUGUCUGUGCAACGGGAAGCGAGAAUUUGGUGGACACGUGAAGCGUUUCGGUACUCCGUUCUGUUUAGUGGUCAAUCGGGACGUUUCGUACAGUGAACUGCAGAAGCUGCUGUUGAAGGAGAUGUCGAGUAUUUUGCGUUCGGAGGUGUUCGCGUUUGCGACACCGGCACAGAAUUUGUUCCGCAUACGCUUGCAAGAUCCGUCCUGCGAUGCGGAUACCUACCUUGAAGCAACCGUGGAACAUCCACUGUUUACGGAAAUGAUUGAUCUUGCGCUUUCAGUGUUACCAACAGAUGCGGGACCAGCGCACGUAAAGUUGCUACUGGAGUGGACUGAACCGGAACGAUUCUUCAACGAUAUGGGCGACCCAUUCGUGGAGCAUGAAACUGUCAGUCAGAUGAGAGAGAAAAUUCCGGCUAGUUCGGCGCUAACACUCGAGCAAUGCUUCGAACAUUACACCAAGGCGGAAACACUCGGUCAAGACAAUGCCUGGAAAUGUCCACACUGUCAGGAAUACUUGCCGGUGGUAAAAACGCUCGGUUUGUGGUCAUUACCGGACAUAAUGGUGAUACAUCUAAAGCGUUUUCGGCAGCAGCAACUUCGCGCCAGCACGCAGGCAGCCAAGCUGACAAAUCUGGUGAAAUUUCCGCUGCACGGUUUCGAUAUGACACCUCAUUUGGCGCGUGAUCCCACCGUCAAUCAACCACAGUCGCACCCGUCCCAAACAUCCAACAGCGCCUCCACGCAAAGCCAACAGCAUCAUUCGCUGGACCGGCAACAGGGAACAGGGUACACCGAUUCGGAUAACUGGAGCCCUUGGCGCAAAAUCAUGCGCAGUACCCAUUCCACACAAACACAUUCCAUGCUAGUGGGAGGAGGUGGAGGAGGAACUGGCCGUCGACAGUUAGCAAUGGAUAACCGGUAUGAUCUGUACGCAGUGUGCUAUCACCAGGGGGACACAUUGGAAACGGGUCACUACACGGCCGCGUGUAAGAACCCGUACGAUGGCCAGUGGUACCGUUUCGAUGACCAACGUGUCUCCCAAGUGCCGAACGAUCGCAUCGACGAAGAAAUUAUCAACAACGAGGCCUACCUAUUGUUCUACCAAAGGCGAAAACUACCUUCGGAGGGGUCGGGCGAGUGUUCUGGCAGUUCUAGCUCCAGCUCCGGUGAUCAUUGGGUCUCGAAAAUUAUUGUCCCACCACCAACCAACGCAUCCACUGCAACGUUAGAGCGAAACAAAGCGCAACCAGCAACUAUUGCGAACGUCAAAUCGUCGAUAACGGUACCGAAGAUAGAAACAACCACUACAACACCGACUUCAUCUUCAGCACCUUCCGAAAACGCAUCAGAAACCGCAGCCAGUAUUUCACCCGAUACCGAUUACGUAAAAUUGCCCGAUGAAUCAACAAAUGAGAAAAAAGAUACUGCUGAUGUUAUGUCAAUAUCUUCAACGACCGAGAAAAGCCGCAAAGAAAAGACCGAAACGGGCGAAGAAUGCGUUCGUACGGAUGAAGUUAAAGAUUCUGCGGGAAAAAUGAACGAAAACCCUCAACAAGAACCCAUAGCCAAUGGUAUUUUGGUCAAAAGUGAUCAACAAUCCUCAUCACUUUCACCGUCACCGUCAGUUGUUGUGCCAAAGGAAGAAGAAGAAAUCGUCGCCCUCGAAGCCAAAGAAUCAAAGAAAUGUAUGGACGAAGCGACCAAACAUACUUCGAAAAUACCAAAUGUUAGCAAACCAUCCAACACUAGCAAGGAAGCGGCAGAACAGUCUUCUGAAAAAGACAUUUUGAAAUCUUCCGUACAGCCGACAAAAGCAGCUGAAGAUGGUGGUGGUGGCGGUCCAACGAAGGUACAAUUCCCAACUCGCACAGAUAAACACGAACGGGUUGAUCAAAAACUAGGUCUAGCAUCAGCAGCAGCUACCAAUGGGGGUGGUCGAUUUUCACUGCCGUCCUCCCAACAGUUUCAGGACAUAUUAUGGCGUGAGAACAUGUCCGAGUUAAUGCAACAUCGGCCGUCGUCCUUUACCACGUACAAGAGCGUGCUCGAUACGGGGGAUGCUGUUUCAUUAAUCCGUGGUGCAAAUACGUGUAGUAAAGACACGUUGCUAUUUAUCGAUCAGCAGAAUCAUGGGCUUGAUCGUGCAGUGCUGGACGGUGACGAUGAUCCGGACGAUCUGCUUCCUCCGGGCAGCGGAAGUCGCGCAUUGUGGAUUUCACCGGUUACACCACAUAAAUUGAUAACUGUGUCACCGAAGAAUUAGUUCAGUGUUUAAAAGACCCAAAAACUGUCGGGAUUGAAAAAGGAAGCGUUUCCGGGCUCGUGUGUGUUUUGUUAAACUAUUAUUAUUAUUAAUAUUUUAUUAUUGCUUGUGUGUUUUGUAUGUUUUAUUUUGCCCCAUUUUUAUGUUAUGUCAUGUUAUGUUAGUGUGUACCGAUUCUUUUUGAGAUAGCACUAUAGCCCCAUUUUGUUCGCGUAUCAUUUAGCAUGCAUAAUUUGCAUAGAUACGCGAUGCGGUGUAAAGUGUGCGCGCAAUAUGAUUGCCGCAACCGCACAUUCCUUUAUUACUAUGGAGCCGCGAAUCAUCUACUCGGGACUGCUUUUAUAACUACAAUAUGUAUUAGCAUCAAUAGCGUGGAUAAAAUCCUAACCGGGUUCAGGUAUGGUAACACGCUCACUCGCGGCAGCGGUUGCAGCAGUGAAAUGGUCAAUUAAAGGGAGAGUUUUAUUAUAAUAUUUUUUAUAUUUGCGUUUAUUUUGUGCGAUAUGUUCAAUCAACAUUGAGUUAGUCGAGUAUUACAAUAUGGCUCCACAGACUCAUUAAGGAUGGAUGGGAAGAAAGUGAUAUUUAUUAAAAAAAAUCGAACGAAAGGAAGGGCCUAAUUGAUGCGACUGUAGGUUAGAUUCGUACUAAUUUUCAGAAGAAAAAAGAAUCAAACAAAAGAACAAUUGUAUUCCUUUAUAGGCAACAUCACCUACCAGCGCUUCGAAAGCGUGUUUUGUGUGAGAUAGAUGAUAGUACGAAGGCAAACAUACAAAUUUCAUGCAAAAGGAACCAGAGAACAACAACAACAACGAUCUACCAACAUUUCUACCCCACACUCCCUCCACAAACAGUACUCCCAAACGUCGAAACUCCCAUCAAUAGAUCGCGCCCAAUUCGUGUUGUUUCUCAUGAUAAUACCCUCCAACACAUAUUCCGAUUAAUAAUGUUAGCAUCCCUCUGGUCUGAGUCAGUUAUCUCAUUACCCGGGGUUUUGCAAAAUUGAUGCAAAGAAAGCAAUUGCUAUAAUACUACCACUACACUACUACUACUACUACUAUUACUACUAUUACUACCGCUAUUACUGUUGAGAAGCGAUGAACGUGGGCGAAGAUCACCAACCAACCAGAGGUAGCAUCUAUUAGUGAAAGUGACGCAAGUACAAUUUAAUGUUAGUUAUAUAUUAUAUGAGAAACUCCUCUCCCGUGCAAAUAUUGAAUGGUGCAAUUGUGAAAGUAAUGCCGUGCAACGCAUUAUAAUACCCGGAAGAAAAUGAAUAAGCGAGAUGGCGCGGGGGAAGAUUCCUCUCAAUCCUUUUAAAUUAUUGAUGAUUGAUCAUAACAGAGAAACGAACGAACGAAUAUGAAAAAGA